UAAUAACAAAAAACAGCUGAUGGCUAACCAGGAUGGCAUUUGUUCUCUAGUAGAAGAUAUUGCAGAACAUUUAACCCUGAUUUUAAAGUAAAGUUGCAAUAAAGCAAAUACAAGUUAAUGAACUUAAGAGGACUGAAUUACUGACACUGUGAGCACAAAGAAGAUUUUAUCUAGAAGAGUUUGCAUUUAUACAGUAUUCGUUUUGUUUUCAAGUGGAAUAUGGACCUGCACCCUGCAUCUUUAAUGACAUACACCACAUCUACUUUCAUCCCACUUACAGACUUGAACGAAUGUUUUAUCUGUCGUGAAGAAGAACAAAAUGGACAGGAUGAACUCCACCACUUCUGCGACUGCAAAGAUCUAGUUGCGCAUCAGAGUUGCCUGUUAAAAUGGAUACAAAAGGGCACUGGUAAUGAAGAUCGACAGCGAUGCAAAGCAUGUACAGCAAAGUAUCACCUUCAGGAAGGACCAGUAUGGAAAAUAAUGCUUUGUCACUGGAAGAAUCUGCUAUUAUCUGUUGUAUUAAUUGGUUUAAUGGUGCUGGUGGCCUUUACUGUUCAUCAGUUGAAAACGUUGAAGAACCCACCACCAGCUGAACUAUUUAAAGCAGCAGCGGUAUGUUUUGGUGUUAUUGCAGAGACCCUUCUGAUCAAGUGCCUUGUUUGGUACUGCCAAUGCCAAUACAGCAAAGCCAAAAUAUCUUCAUAUUCCAUCAAAGCAAGGGCUAUCACACAGAGUGGAAGUGUCAGUAUUCAGGUGCCGCUUGAUCAAGAACCUUCAGCUGAUAAUGUGAACAAAAAUGAGGCACAACCGCACAAAGCAAGCACACCAAAAGGCAGCCUAGACCUAAAACUGGCCUUGUAACUAAAGGAGAGUAUAAUUCAGAACUGAAGGAGGGGUCUUGAGUGCAGGAUAAACCAGACUGACGGAGUCAUUUAUCUUCUGGAUUGGACACGGUUCUCUCCUGCUGGUAUCUUGGCUUGGCAUGAACAGGACACUGGCUACUCUGAGUAGCUCAAAAUAAUUAUACAGUGAAAUCCCCAAUAUUGCUCACCAUCCAAAUUCUUCUUUUGUGAGGCUGUAGUCUGAACAAAUUACAUUUGCAUUAUUAAAACUGGAAUCACUGGAUUUAUUUCAAUUUUGUUUUAAGCUGGAAUCUGGACACCAUUCAAAUUUUUCACAGCUAAUGGACUGUUCACAGCAUUCAUUCUGAUUGGUGAGGGUUACAAAUAACCAUCUUGGUGCCUGAUUUUAUGAAGAACCGUCUUUCGGGGAAAAUAUAAAGAAAUGUAGAAUUUUAAAUUAAGCAUUUAAGCAUUAAGUUUGUAUUUAAUAUUGCUGUAAAGAAAAAGUUUACAAACCUGAUCAACAGUCCUAAAAUUACUUGUACAUAUAUAUUUACACACAGAAAUGGUUUUACUAUAUGCUAUACACUUUUUACACUAUUCCUAAUGGGCAUUAUUUAUUUUAACAAGGACUAUUAAAAAAGAACCCAAGUUACACUAAGGAUUCCUAUGUAUUUUUUGGGGCAUUUCCCUGCCCUCACUAACCAUCAUAUGUGGCAGUUCUUUCUCCAACCUUUCCUUGUUCCUGGUGAUUUGGACAGCCAUUUUGAAUGUCAUCGUUAACAGACUGGGAUUAUGUGCUUUAUCUUUGAUGCCGAAUCCACUGAUGGGUGCCUGCACAAACAUUAGGGUGCAGGGCACUGGCACGGUGCCAGACUGACCAUUGCCCCUGUUGCUGUUAGCAGACGUUUAAUGGAAAUUAAUGAUGCAGGUGACCUCAUAGACCAAUGAAAGUAGGUGCAAUUUUAUUGAUUUGCAGUGACUGUAAGGAUAGCCGCAUCUACUUCUCUAAAUGCAAUCCGUAGUAAAAUCCUGGUAACACAGCUAGUAGUUCUAAACUGCAUACAAACAUAAGUUAUUCAUUUCUUUCUAGAAUAUGUUAGCAGUUGGAAAUGUUUGAUAAAAAUAUACUGAUGGUAAUUAAAAAUGACUUGUGUGCAAAUGACUGUAUUAACCACUGCAGAAAAGAAGAAUAUUUUUUUGCAAAAUAUAUUGGUGGUUAUUUUAAUAUGGAAUGUUAUUAAGUUAUUGUAAAUUAUUAAAUGAGUUUUUAAUAAAAUGGCAAUGUUUAUCCCUC